UGUUUAGUUUAUGAUGUGAAGUGGAUUUUCGCUGAUUUUGUAAUUCAAUUCUCAUACUUAUUCGAAUUCAUGAAGUUAACUAGUGAUCAUUCGUGAAACUAUAAACUAUAGAAUAAAUAAAAUGAUGCUGGUGCAUUUUCGGUGUGUGUUUCCUACUCGAAGUUUGAAUCAAUUAAAUAGAUAUAGUACAAAACUAUCGAAAAAUGUUUGUGAUGGAAAGGAGCUUACUGAAGCUAAUGCUGCCGGUCAAUCUAAGCUGAUAAAAGUGGCUAUCAUCGGGGUACCGAACGCCGGUAAAAGUACUCUCAUCAAUCAUUUGAUAGAACAUAGGGUCUGUCCAACAUCAAUGAAAGUACACACCACACGUAAAACCGCACGAGCAAUUCAAAACCGUGCAGAAUCGCAGUUGGUUCUGUUCGACACUCCGGGUCUGGUCGGUGAGCGAGAGAUCAAAAAGCAUCAACUUGGUUCAAAUUUCGUCAGCGCAUGCCGUCAUGCUCUACACAAUUCUCAAUUGAUCGGAGUAGUGCACGACGUGUCCAAUAGCUGGACGAGAAAUACACUAAACCCUAUCCUGCUGAAAGUGCUGAAGGACCAUGCGCAUAUUCCUAGUUUUCUCAUUUUGAAUAAAAUCGACACACUCAAGUCUAAACGAGUUCUUCUGGAUGUCGUUAGAAACGUUACCAACAAUCAGUUGGAAAGCAUAAAAAAUUAUAACUUUAAAAAGAGGAAAAGUGAGGCGCAAAAUGCAGAAGCUAAAUGCAAAUCCAAAAUUGAUGAGGGAUGGUCGCAUUUUACUGAGAUUUUUAUGGUAUCCGCGAUCACGGGUGAUGGACUGAAGGAAAUUAUGAAUUUUAUUUACUCUCUCGCGAAACCCGGUCAGUGGGAGCAUCUGGCUGAUGAAAAUACUGACCAAAAUCCGGAGGAAAUGAUUAUUCAGAGCGUCCGGGCCCGACUGUUGGACUAUCUGCCACAGGAGAUACCGUAUCUGUUGCAGACGGAGCUGGAGUUCUACGAGAACAUCAAGGGGAAAAUUUUCGCCAGCACAGUAGUCACCUGCCCGAAUGAGCGAUUAGAGCGGCUGGUUUGCGGAGAGAGGAACGGAAAGCUGCGACAAAUUACGGAACGAGUUACUUCUGAUUUGAUCGAGACCUUCUCAGUGCCGGUAUCACUGACCAUUGUUACGAGGGUUCAGAAGAAGCAAGAUCGGGACUGAGUUCGUUAAAUAAAGAUGGUGAUUUGA